CAACUUCAAAUUCAGAACGCCACCAUCAUCAAUCUCAACCACAACCUACGACCACUCUCCUAUAUUGCUUCAAGCAACGCCAGGCUCAUCUCUAAACCGAUUCCACCUGUCGCUAGCCUGCGUCCUACUUACUUGCAAAUCAAGAUGCCCUCACGAAUGAACGCACGCGCACCGCCUCAUGGCCGCAACCGCCCACGCCGACGCAGCGCUGCCUCGGCGAACAGACAGCAUCCUGAUCGUCAUUUGGAUCUGAGCAGGUCAGAGCAAAUAAGACAGAUGCCGGACUGGAGGCACGUCAAUCAACCAUAUACCUCAGGCCCGGGGCGUUCGCCUUUGCAACCUCAGGGUUCUAGCAUUCCCACCGCGAUGCCUGCGCGUCGUCAAAAUCGCGAUGGUUAUUCAUAUAACCAGAACAGCUGCGAUGAUCAGUUUGGCGGGAGAAGUGCUCCCAGCAACAAUGACUGGCGUAGCAAAAACUGGCGCAACGUCAACUGGCGUAGCGGAACUUCCCACAACGACUUUGCCCACUAUGAUGCGCCAUAUCCUCUAUACACUCCGCCUAUCACGCCUCAUUUCCCACAAACGCCUGCACCCAUGAUGAACCAGUGGCAGUCACACUCGGCCGGGCCGUACAUAGACCAGUCGUUCGUUGAUCCCAUGUUCACACCUCCAUUCUUCAACAACGGUAUGGCAAUGGUUCCGCCCUCUUUUCCGGACUUUCUCAUGCCUGAUCCUUCGCCAAUUCCAGACUCGAAAGAGACACCAGCCGCGGGAUCUACUAUGAGCACGGCUGAUAGGGUGAAGGCAAAGAUUUACCCUUUUCCAGAUCAGCUUCCGAAGAUGAAGGAUGCUGGUGUUAUACACCUCAUAAGCGCUCCUCCAUAUGAGCUAUCGGUAAAUAGCGUUACAAGCCAAGUCUUACAAGACACAACGAUGUUCGCCGAGAAGAUCUCUGAUGCAUGCGCCCUGAUCCCGAAAAACGAGGACGAUGCUGCGAGGCGAUCUCGAGAAGAGACUGGUGCACUUGCCAAAGAGAUCGCGAGGCAGUGCCAUGCCAAUGCAAUGGGAACGGAACCGUUUAUGUCUCCGUGA